CCCAGGUGGGCAGCCAUGGAGUGGGACAAUGGCACAGGCCGGGCUCUGGGCUUGCCACCCACCAACUGUGUCUACCAUGAGAACUUCAAGAGACUGCUGCUGCCCCCAGUGUAUUCGGUGGUGCUGGCGGCUGGCCUGCCACUGAACGUCUGUGUCAUUGUCCAGAUUUGCACAUCCCGCCGAGCCCUGACCCGCACGGCUGUGUACACCCUAAACCUGGCCCUGGCUGACUUGCUAUAUGGCUGCUCCCUGCCCCUGCUCAUCUACAACUAUGCCCAAGGUGACCACUGGCCCUUUGGUGACCUCGCCUGCCGCCUGGUGCGCUUCCUCUUCUACACCAACCUGCACGGCAGCAUCCUCUUCCUCACCUGUAUCAGCUUCCAGCGCUACCUGGGCAUCUGCCACCCGCUGGCUCUCUGGCACAAGCGUGGGGGCUGCCGGGCUGCCUGGCUAGUGUGUGUAGCUGUGUGGCUCGCUGUGACAGCCCAGUGCCUGCCCACAGCUGUCUUUGCCGCCACAGGCAUCCAGCGUAACCGCACAGUCUGCUAUGACCUGAGCCCACCCGCCCUGGCCACCCACUACAUGCCCUACGGCAUGGCCCUUACGAUCAUCGGCUUCCUGCUGCCCUUUGCAGCCCUGCUGGCCUGCUACUGUCUCCUGGCUCGCCGCCUGUGCCGCCAGGGUGGCCCGGCAGGGCCUGUGGCCCAGGAGCGGCGUACUAAAGCAGCCCGCAUGGCUGUGGUGGUGGCAGCCACCUUUGCCAUCAGCUUCCUGCCUUUCCACAUCACCAAGACGGCCUACCUGGCAGUCCGCUCUACACCAGGUGUCCCCUGCCCUGUGCUGGAGGCCUUCGCAGCUGCCUACAAAGUCAUGCGGCCCUUUGCCAGUGCCAACAGCAUGCUGGACCCCAUCCUCUUCUACUUUACCCAGAAGAAGUUCCGCCAGCGACCACAUGAGCUAAUACAGAAACUCACAGCCAAGUGGCAGAGGCAGGGUCGCUGA